AUGAUUGCCACACAAAUUUUGAUUUUUACGGUUGUAUUUAUUUCUUCAGUCCAUUUUAUAAUCUGUCCAGCUACUGCAACUGGCGGUGCAACGAAACCAAAUAUGAAACAAUUUGCUGUUGUAGAUAAUAAACCAGAAGAUCCAACCACGGUCGAAGAAGAAUUGAAUCAAUCAGAGCCAGUGAAAAAAUCAGUUCCAACCAGAAUUCGUCAUGUGGUGACUAAAUCCAUUGGUUUAUUUUUUUGGCCCUUAAGAAAAUCGUUUAAUGCAAUCAAGGACUAUUAUCGUAAUAAAAUAUCUUCACAAAACAAACGCGGAACGAAGAUUGAGACAAAUUAA